CUAGAUGUUCACCUCCAGAGUGAGUUCUUUGAUCCAUCAUAUACAACUGAAGAUCCAGCAACAGCUGCCUCAACAUGAAGCUGGUGAUGGUCCUCAUGCUGGCUGCCCUCCCCCUGUACUGCUAUGCAGGUUCUGGCUGCGCAUAUCUUGAAGGUGUGAUUAAAGACAUAGCCAAUCCAACCAUAUCUAUUGAGCAAUUCAAAAACUCGCUUAAAGAGUACAUAAAGGAUGAUGCCACGAGCAACGCUGUGGGUGAAUUCAAACAGUGUUUUCUCAACCAGUCUAAUGAAACUCUGGAGAACUUUGAUGCAUUUAUGCAAGUAAUUUACAACAGCCCUGGGUGUGUGCUAUUUUAACUUCUCACAAGAUCUUUGGCUCAGAGGACUACAGAUUACAGAUGGAAAUUGACUGACCAUUACUAUAAACCAUAUCUCUGCUUUCUAUUUUGUCCUUUAUCUGUAAACUGCAAGACAAUUGUUGACACCUAAAAUACAUUUGCAUUUCAAUAAACUAACUGCAAAUCACUA